CAGAGAGGAUUUAUUGUUGAUUCAAAGGAGAGGCAACCUCUUCUCCGCUAGUCAUGGCUCACUGGAGUCCUUCACUUCUCCUUGGCUACAUCAUCUUUUGGAGCAUUAUUUCUCUCUGUGUUGCUUUUCCAACAGGAGCCCCAGCAUCAGCCUGUGAGAAUAUGAUGCCUGUGCAUACGGGGGUCCAGCCCCAGGCAAGUCCAGCCCCCUAUGAGAUCCAGGUGGAUGCAUCUUCCUUCGUGAACAGGCAGCCGAUUAAUGUUCAGGUUGUAGGGCCGGGAUACAGAGGUCUGUUGCUGGAAGCUCGCACCUUUGGCUCCACUGCUGCCCUUGGCACUUGGCAGAAUCCUGCCAAUAACACUAAGCUCCUACAGUGCUCUGGAAACCCGAAAGGUGCGAUUACGCAUUCUAACACCAAGUUCAAAACAAGCCUGACCACUUAUACCUGGCUGCCUCCAACCUCUGGUUGCCCUGCCGUUAUUACAUUCAUGGCAGCGGUAGCACAGUCUCGUGAAAUUUAUUGGCUUGGUGUCAAAUCCAAAGUGAUCUGGAGAGAUUCUAAAGCUACAUGUGGUGCUGAGAAGUUUACAUGGACAGUUGUUAUUGUGACAAUGAUGUCUUUCCACGUAAUAUAAGUAGCCAGGCAAAAGCAGGAAGUAUUGGAGUUUGAGGAUCUAUAUAAUAGCUAAGGAACAAAUACAGACUCUGUAUACAAUCACUGCAUUUGCUUCUGCCAUGAAGUGGAUGCUGGACGCCUAAGGCCUUUGUCUACAGAUGUUAUACUGUUUUUAAACUACAUCAAUAUAGUUUAAGUAAUACAACCCUCUGGUGCAUAAUUAUACUGGUACAGCUAACUCCCUACAGGCACGUUAUACAAGUAUAAUAAUGUUCUCUCUCUGGGUAUUACCCUCUCACCCCUAACCAAUGCCAUUUUAAUAUUACAUGAUCUGUAUGUACACUAGGACUAAGGUUAAAGUUGAGUAGUACAAAGCCAUAGUGAAAUCUCAGAGCAGCUAGAACUGAUCUGAGAAACAAAAUGAACGCCAUGACUUCAACUGCAUUCUAAAUUAGAACUUAUAUAAGAUCAAACACCUUUGAUUUGUACAAGGAAUGGUACAUAUCAGGAUCUCUCUACAAUAUCUAUAGACCUUUUCACUAUACAUCAAUAGUACAAAACAUCUUUCAGAAUUAACAGACAAUGGCAGUGUAUUCACUAAUGGUACAUUAAUCGUAGUGGUACACUCCAAAAGUAAUUUCUUAAAGAAAUGACCGGCUUCUUAAGAAAUGACUUUAUUACUGCUAUUGUUUGCAACCUCUCUUUUCUGAGAAGGGUAUCCUACAAUUGAUGUGACAGCAGAAAUUGAUGCUUUUAACAGCUUUGCAAAUGAAGAAAUUAAGGCUCAGCAUUACUCAUUGCAUGUCAAUUUCAUGAGGGGGGACACAACCUCAAUAAAUGGUUAUUUUUGCUAUUUACAGCAGCUUAGUAAUCUCUUAGUGUAUCUGCAGAUAGUUAUGCAGGUAUAUAAAUAAAAUAGAUUUAACUCUCCCUCAGACGCCACUAAAUUUUGUUGCAUGUUUCUUAGCUGGAAGCACAUCUAUGCUUUUAGGAUAA